ACCGACCGCCGGGGCGGGGCUCGCCAGGACACUCCCCCGCGCCGUCCCCGCCCGCGCCGGCGGCUCCGCUCCGGGAUCGGGCACCACAGUCCCCGCCGCUGCCGCCGCCGGGCUCCGCCUCAGACCGAGAGCUGCGCCCGGAGAUAAGAGGAGGGGAGUUGUGUAUCCUUUCAGCAGCCUUCUGUUAAACUUGGAAUACCACAGUUCAAGCACUUGAACAGAUGGAUAAUGGAGACUGGGGAUAUAUGAUGACUGAUCCAGUCACGCUAAAUGUGGGUGGACACAUGUAUACGACCUCCCUCACAACUCUAACGAGAUAUCCUGACUCAAUGCUCGGGGCCAUGUUCAGGGGAGACUUCCCCACUGCCAGGGACUCUCAGGGCAAUUACUUUAUUGACAGAGAUGGACCACUUUUCCGUUAUGUUCUUAACUUUUUAAGGACCUCAGAGCUCACUUUGCCACUGGACUUCAAGGAGUUUGACCUGCUCCGGAAGGAAGCGGACUUCUAUCAGAUUGAGCCCUUAAUUCAGUGUCUCAAUGACCCCAAGCCGCUGUAUCCCGUGGAUACCUUCGAGGAGGUGGUGGAGCUGUCCAGCACCCGGAAGCUUUCCAAGUACUCCAACCCGGUGGCUGUGAUCAUCACGCAGCUCACCAUCACGACCAAAGUCCACGCACUGCUGGAGGGCAUUUCAAACCACUUCACCAAGUGGAACAAGCACAUGAUGGACACCAGGGACUGCCAGGUGUCCUUCACCUUUGGGCCAUGUGAUUACCACCAGGAAGUGUCGCUGCGGGUGCACCUCAUGGAGUACAUCACAAAGCAAGGCUUCACGAUCAGGAACACCAGGGUCCAUCACAUGAGCGAGCGUGCCAACGAAAACACGGUGGAACACAACUGGACUUUCUGUAGACUGGCACGGAAAACAGAUGACUGAUUCUGACUCCACAGGAGCCACUACAGUAAUUAGCAACUUCAUUGGACAGUGAACCCAAGAGAGUCUGGAUUUUGACUAAAGCGACAAUAUGGGCUUUUUUUAUACGACUAUUUAUUGUUUAUCAGUGAGGACUGGAGGAGUUUCAUUCUCUAGCAGCUCUGUUCUUUUGUCCAGUUGAGAAAAAAAACCGUGCAUGUGCCUGUUCAGUCAAGACACCUUUUUGUUUGAAAGAGGGAGUCCGAAGAAUCAGUACAAUAGGGUAUUUUGUGUCAUUAACACAAUUCUCUGACUCGACUCAAAGUGCUAAAAUUACCUCUUGUUCAAAUGGUUUCUAAUCCAUCUAAUGCUAUGACACUGGGAGCAAGAAACAAAAAAGAUUUUAAAAUGCAGUUGGGGAGAAGCUGCUAUUGUGUAGACUAGUUUCUAAAUCAAUAAACAGUAUUGUAAUAUUCUAAGAAAACAAAUCCCACCCUUUAAAAGUACUUGAUAAGUACAGUUUCUUACAGUUAUGACAACUGUUUCUUUCUAUGCAUAUAAAUCAAGCAACCAAAUAUUAUCUGUAGCCAUGGAAAUAUGAUUACAAAUAUUUAUAUUGGAUUCUAAAUGCAAAAUGUCCCUGUGGUAGAAUUCAUAUUUUUAAUGCCUGGUGCAAUAUUAUUCCCAAGUGUAAUGCCUGCCAGAAGAAGCUAAUAAAAAUGUGAAAUACAGAAUACUGUUUUGUAUUUUC